GCCCGCGCAGCCCCACUCAUAAAAUCAGCCGUCUGGGGACGUCAUAACUGAGACUGAGAGCUCAGGGUCACGGGAGCAGCCGCUGAUUACUAGUCCGCUCUUCCGGAAGCAGGGGAAGCUAGCAUACCUCUCCUCUGCUUUCCCUCACCUGGGCCGAGACCCGGGAGCGGCCACUGUCGAGGCCCCGGCGGCCAUGGCGACGGCCGGCCCGGGGGACUGCCGGCGGCGGACCGUUCUCGCCGGGGCGCUGUCGAGGACGAGCGCCGCCUUCCUCUUCCUCUCCGUCGUCGCCGUCGCUGCGGUCGUCUCGGCUCGCUGGAUCACCGCCACCACCGCUUUUCAGGGACGCCUGACGCGCCACCCCGCCACCGUGGCCAUUCCCGGCGCGGCGGCGGCCGCACUCCACCCGGAAGCAGAGCACCCGCAGCCGCCGCGGCCGUCACCACCCUCGCCUCCUCCCCCUUUCCCGGACACCACCUCCCGCCUUGUACUCCAU